UGAAGCUUUAUAUAUACAGUCUAUGGUGUGAAGGCGUCCUCAGAUCAGAUGCAGGCAGACUCAGGACUGAAGAGGAAGAAAUGAGCAGAGUUUCCUUCUCACCUGAAGAGAGUCUCCCAUAGCAAACACCACACUCUGCUGGACCUGGACCUGGACCUUGACCUGGACCCAGCUCUGUGUCCAGUAACCAGCUUACUGCCAGAGACCAGAACCAGGGAGAAAAGAUGGAGACACGUAGAAAUGCCCUAUUAACAAUUUUAGAAAGUUUGAAGGAAGAGGAAUUCAAAAAAUUCAACUGGUGCCUGGAGGAGGAGGUCCUAGGAUUCCCAGGAAUCCCAGAGAGUCGACUACAGAAAGCAGACCGGAUUGACACAGUGCGACUGAUGCUUCAGCACUACGACACAAACACCAUUAAAGUGACCAGAGACGUUUUGAAUAAGAUCCAAAGGAAUGAUCUAGAAAAUAAAUUAUCUAAAUUCUCAUCAGACCCUGAAGGAGAGAAGCUGCUUUCUGCUGGACGGGAGGAUCCACUCUGCAGUCUGGAGACACUCAGGCUGGACCAUGGUGGAGAGCAGAGGUUCAGAGCAGGUCUGAGGAAGUAUUCCUGUGAACUCACCCUGGACUCAAACACAGUGAACAGAGGCCUCAAACUGUCUGAGGACAACAGGAAGGUGACACGUGUGAAGGAGAGGCAGCCAUAUCCUGAUCAUCCAGAGAGGUUCUAUGGCAGGGUUCAGCUGAUGUGCAGAGAAGCUCUGACUGGUCGCUGUUACUGGGAGGUCGAGUGGAGAGGAGUGGUUCAUAUAGCAGUGACUUACAGAGGAAUCAGGAGGAAAGGACAAGGAGAGGAAUGUGGGUUUGGAUAUAAUAAUCAGUCCUGGAGACUGUUCUGCUCUGAUAGAGGUUACGCUGUCAGGCACAAUAACAGAGGAACACCCAUCCCCUCCUCCUCCUCCUCCCCCUCCCUCCCCCUCCUCCUCCUCCUCCUCUCGUAGAGUAGCAGUGUAUCUGGAUCAUGCUGCUGGCUCUCUCUCCUUCUACAUAGUCUCCUCCUCCUCACUGAUCCUCCUCCACACCUUCAGAGCCACAUUCACUGAACCUCUCUACGCUGGGUUUGGGUUAGUGUCAGACUCCUCAGUGUCUCUGUGUCCUCUGUAGGAGGAGUCCACUUCCUGUCCUGGGUCACAUGGUGUUUUAAAUGGAGGCUUCUCAUUGGUUACCGUGUGUCUCACUGAUUGUCUGUAAUAAAGUUUUCUUGAAGCAACUAUUAAAGCUGAUCCUGAAGACUGUAGUGAUCGAUACGUUCAAUAAAGAUUUAGAACAAG